CUCCCUGAAACAACAACCGUUGCAAAUUCAAAACAUUCAAAAAAAAAUCAGCCCCUCCCUCUUUCACACUACUCCUCCAUCAUCUCCACUCAACAAUAAAUCUCUCUCUCUCUCUCUCUCUCACACACACACACAAAAUCCAUUGAGAAGAUAAAGAUUGGCAUAAGAAGAAGGUGCUAUUAUGUCGCAAACGCCAGAUCAGCGAAAAGUGGGACUGGGCGGCGUGGCUCCAUCUCCACUGCCUUUUCUCACGCCCCGACCCGAUCGGAAACGCGUCGGAGAUCCGAGAGGCAUUAUUGAUUGGAAUUGUAAUCGCGAACUCAAUGUUCAAGUCCUCCUUCGAUGCAGGCCGUUGAGCGAGGAGGAUCAGAGGUCGAAUGUACCGAUGGUGGUAACAUGUAAUGAACAUAGAAGAGAAGUUUCUAUUUCACAGAAUGUAGCUAAUAGGCAAGUUGACAAAGUUUUUACUUUCGACAAGGUCUUUGGACCUAAAGCGCAACAACGAUCUAUAUAUGAUCAAGCUAUAUCCCCAAUUGUAAAUGAGGUUCUAGAUGGCUUCAAUUGCACUGUCUUUGCAUAUGGGCAAACAGGUACUGGUAAAACAUAUACAAUGGAAGGGGGCAUGAGAAAUAAGAGUGGAGAAUUGCCUGCUGAGGCUGGGGUUAUUCCAAGAGCAGUGCGUCAGAUUUUUGAUACACUAGAGGGUCAAAAUGCCGACUACAGCAUGAAAGUUACAUUUUUGGAACUCUAUAAUGAAGAAAUUACUGAUCUAUUGGCUCCUGAAGACUGUUCAAGAUCUUUUGCAGAGAGUACAAAGAAGCCUGUUUCUUUGAUGGAAGACGGGAAAGGUUGUGUGCUUCUCAGAGGCCUUGAAGAAGAAGCUGUAUACAGCGCAAAUGAGAUACAUAACCUUCUGGAACGAGGAGCUGUGAAAAGGCGGACCGCAGACACCUUGUUAAACAAACGCAGUAGUCGUUCUCAUUCUGUAUUUACCAUAACUGUCUAUGUUAAAGAAGCAACGGUUGGAGGUGAGGAACUCAUAAAAUGUGGAAAGCUUAAUCUUGUUGAUUUAGCGGGAUCAGAGAACAUUUCCCGCUCCGGUUCUCGUGAGAGUCGUGCAAGGGAAGCUGGAGAAAUAAACAAAAGCUUACUUACUUUGGGUCGUGUCAUAAACGCACUGGUUGAACAUAGUGCUCAUGUACCCUAUAGGGACAGUAAGCUCACAAGGCUUCUGAGAGAUUCACUGGGAGGAAAAACUAAAACUUGCAUCAUAGCAACUAUUUCUCCAUCUGCCCAUUGCUUAGACGAAACAUUGAGUACGCUAGAUUAUGCACAUCGUGCUAAAAACAUAAAGAACAAGCCAGAGGCAAACCAGAAAGUAUCCAAGGUGGUUUUGCUUAGGGAUCUGCAUAUGGAAAUUGAUAGAAUGAGACAAGAUGUCAGAGCAGCAAGGGAAAAGAAUGGUGUUUAUAUUCCACAUGAAAGAUUCACACAGGAUGAAGCUGAAAAGAAGGCUAAGAACGAGAAAAUAGAGCAGUUGGAGAUUGAUCUCAACAUCAGUGAGAAGCAAGUUGGAAAAUUUCGUGAACUAUAUCUUACUGAGCAAAAGCAAAGACUGAACUUUGAAAAUGAGCUCAAGGAUUGCAAGAUAAGUUUAGAAAACAGUAACAAAGCUUUGCAAGAAUCUAAAGAAAACCAUCAAAAAGCCAUUUCAAUUCUGAGGGAAAAGGAGUUCAUUAUCUCUAAGCUACUGCAUUCAGAAAGUUCUCUUGUUGAACGUGCAAAAGAUAUGCGGGCCAAUUUGCAAAAUGCAUCAGAAGAUAUAACUGUUUUGUGUUCGACAAUAGAUAAGAAAAGCAGGCUUGAGGCAGAAAACCAAGGAUUGCUUUUAACAUUUGGCUCCCAGCUUGAUCAGAGCUUAAAAAACUUGCACAAAACCAUCCUUGGUUCAGUUUCUCAACAGCAACAAGAACUGAAAUGCAUGGAUGAGCAUUUAAGCUUAUUUCUUGCUAGUAAAUCUGAUGUUGCCCAGGCUCUGGAAUCAAAGAUUGCCAAAAUGACAGAUAUAUGUACUUCAGGAGUUGCAAUCUUAAAGGAGCUUGCUGAGACGAUGCAAAUGAAAUCUGAUUCUAGUUUGGAGCAGAUGAUGUGUACAAUAUCAGCACAAGCAGCUUCAGUCGAGAAGUUUCUUCGUUCUACAGUUUUAGAAGCCAAGGAUGUCAACAGUGAUAUCUUGAACUCGCUAAGUGAGCAAAGGCAGCUGUUGGCUGGUUCUGCUCAGAAGGAGGAAGAGCGACUGCACCAGGCUUUGGCUUCGGCACAAGAAAUUUCAAGAGCAACGGUUUAUUUCUUUAAUGACAUCAGUAGCCAUGCUUCAAAACUAGCUGAAAUGCUUGAGGAAAGCCAUAUAUAUAAAUCUAAUCAACUAUCAGAAUUUCGUAAGAUGUUUGAGGAGGAGGCUGCCAGAGAAGAACAGUUGGCUAUGCAAAAAAUUGCAGCAACGUUAGCGGAUUUGACAACUAAGAGGAUUGCUAGAGUAUCAGAAGCCUCGAAAAACAUUGAGAACACAAAUCUACAAGAAAACCAACUGCUUCUGCAGGAGAUGUCAAAAAUGCAACAAGUUUCAGUAACUGCAAAUAAGGAAUUGAAUGACUAUGCGGAGAGAAUGAAGAUCCAUUUUAUUGAAGAAACAUUUGCAUCAGCUGAAACAAAAGCAAUGAUAGCUGGUUGCAUUGAGGAAUGUGAAAAUAAAGUGGACUACUCUACAGAACAGUGGGAUAAUGCAGAGCUGUCCGUCAACCAGCUUAACAAAACCAGUACUGCAAAAGCAGGGUCAAUAUUAAGGGAAAAUAUAAGCGAUCAACAAGCAGAUCAUGGAGUCUUUCUUUCAAAAUGCUUAUCCACCAAUGCAGAAUUUAAAGCCAAGUCUAAUGAGAUGCUUUCAGCUGUUAACGGUUCAUUGGCAAUGGACCAUGAAACUAAGAAGCAAUUUGAUUCAAUGUCUAGCUCGUGUUGGGAACAGCUUGAACGUACACGGGAAAAGCACACUCAAAGCAUCUUAAAUAUCCGUAAUCGUGUAGAGCACUGCCUUAGAAAAGACUAUAUGAUUGAUCAACAGACUCCUCCCCAGAAGCGUGUAAUAACGAUACCCAGCUUGGAUUCUAUCGAGGAGAUGAGAACACAAGUUUGUGAUUUGGAGAACAGGCCAAAAUUGUCCAAAACUGAUGCCAAGAUAAAUGGACAGCAGCAGGUACUAGGAUCAUCACCGGAUAGAACUCCUUUUGCAGAAGUAAAUUGUGUUCGUGAUUAGAACUAUAAUAUUUUUAAAAAAAUUAUGAGCUGCUAAGUUUAAAGGGUAACGUAAAUCUUGAAUAGACGGGAUAAACUUUGUUGUAGAGUGCUGCAACUUUUUACUUCAUAUAAACUGCACUUAUAGUGUCCCUGUUGGACGCUAUCAAUCUAUGUUACCUGGACUCUCCAUUUUUGUGCCUAUACCCUGUCCACUGAACAUGACAUGGGCGUGGGUAUGGGAUCUGAGUCGGAUCCUUCUUACAACCGGACACUUCACCUUGUAACAUACCAGGUCAAAUUGAAAACUUAGGUCUUGUUUCAACUUGUUUAUAGAGAUCAAGAUCCAUGAAUGACUUGUUUCUAUGUUCUAUUGAUUUUAUGCUUCAAUUUUCAGCA